GGGGCUGGGCCGGGGGCUGGGCCGGGGCUGUCCCGGGAGAGGCGCUGACCUUGUGCUGCAGGUACUCGGGGUGAAUUUUUUUGGAGGCAAUCAUGGAUGCAGUCGUUCAUCUUAUAAACGAUUCCCUGGAAUUCUACCGAUGGGGUCUCACUAUCGCAGACAAACGGGUGGAAAAGUGGACGUUGAUGCAGUCUCCUCUGCCUACAUUGGCAGUGAGCAGUCUGUACCUCCUUUUUGUAUGGCUGGGUCCCAGAUGGAUGAAGAACAGGGAGCCAUUUCAGCUACGUUCACUGCUUAUUUUCUACAACUUUGGAAUGGUUAUACUAAAUUUUUACAUCUUUAAAGAGCUUUUCUUCGCUUCAAGAGCUGCAGGUUACAGUUAUGUAUGCCAGACUGUCAACUAUACAGAGGAUGUGAAUGAAGUCAGGAUAGCGUCAGCCUUGUGGUGGUACUAUGUCUCAAAGGGAGUUGAGUAUAUGGACACAGUGUUUUUCAUCUUGAGGAAGAAAUUUAACCAGGUCAGCUUCCUGCAUGUGUAUCAUCAUUUCACGAUGUUUACCCUGUGGUGGAUUGGAAUCAAAUGGGUCGCAGGAGGUCAAUCUUUCUUUGGUGCCCAUAUGAACUCUAUUAUCCAUGUUGUUAUGUACCUGUACUAUGCGCUAGCAGCUUGUGGACCACAAAUUCAGAAAUACCUGUGGUGGAAACGAUAUUUAACCAUCUUACAACUGGUCCAGUUUCAUGUCACCAUCGGCCACACUGCUUACUCCCUGUACAUUGACUGUCCAUUCCCGAAAUGGAUGCACUGGGCGCUGAUAGCUUAUGCCAUUUCCUUCAUCGUCCUCUUUGCCAACUUCUACUACCAGACCUACAGAGAGCCGAAGACAGAAUCGACCAAGAAUGGAAAACUAGCUGCCAAUGGCAACACAAUGGCUAAUGGAAUAAUCAAAACCGAAAGCAAGCUCAUGGUAGAAAACGGAAAGAAAAAGAAAAAGGGAAAAGCGAAGCGCGAAUAAUGUGUAUAGGCAAGCUUUAAAGUGAAACCCUUGUGUGUUAGUGUUAAAAAGUCAAUAACAGAUGGCUGCAUGUAUUUUCAGCUGGCUUUGAACUAAUUUAUUUUACCUUUUGCCACCUUUGUAAUUUAUGAUAUUGACUUGGUGAAUGGACUGUGCUAUCAUUAUGAUCCAUAUAUCGGUGUCAACAGGAAGUUGCAAAAGCUUAGCUUGGAAAGAAUUUGCUUCCCUUUUACAGAUCAUUGAUUUCAAUUUAAAUGUUAAUGCCUAAGCUUAGGUUUGUUUACAUUACAGUGGAUGCUUGCUAUAAUGCUAUUCUCUUUAACAUUACCUCAGUUAUAAUGCUGCUCUGUUUUUGGCUCCGUUUUCUCCUGUCCAUGACCCAAGCACUACUGUUGCUCUAUCCUAGAUUUUUCAAUUUAGAAAUCUAAGCAUCAAAAGACCACAAGAGAAGUAUUGAUAACGAAGACCCUUCAGGCUACUUAUCCUUAUCCUUUCAGAAUACCAACCGUAUUGUCUUCCCAUUACGGCACUAAGCUAUUUCUCAAACGAGACCAGUGUCCUGGCCUUAACCAAACCUGUUCUAUAUGUAAAUCGCCCUUUAUGUGACAAAAUACAUUUUAGUGCGUGUCCUAUAAUUGACCUUCAAAAUUCUGGACCUGUGCCUCCUCGCCCUGCUGCUUGGUAUAACUUAAUUAAUAUUUUGGGAGUUUUUCAAUCUGGUUCAGCAUCCGAUUACUCUAAGAUGUUUCUUAAACUAAAGAGCUCUAAUUUAUCUAAUCACUGCUUGUAGCUCUUAUAGCUCCGAACAUCCCCCUGACCCUGGGCACUCAGCUUUGUUGUUAUCUUCUGCAUUACCUCUAGGCAGACCCUUACCACACAAAAAACACAACUAAAUGGAGUAGUUAGUGCUGCAAAACCAACGUUGAGUCUUUAAUGGGAACUGGUUUGCAAUAUUUUUAAUGGGAUCCCUUGAAAUUGGCACGACAUCACACUAUCUAACAGAACCUAUUCUGUCUACUUCUGGACAGGUUGAUAGGAAUUCUUACAAAUCAUGUUAAGGAAUAUCAUAAAUUAGACCCCUGUGUGGCUUGUACAGUCAUUUCAAUUUCUUUAGUUAGACAAAAGGGUAGUUUUAAAAUAAAUCCAGGUAACACAUAUUCAGGAGGCAGCAAAAAUUAAAAGGAUAAAAUAAAUAGUUCUGUGACCAGAUGAACUAAUAUAUAGGCAAUGGUGCCUAUUUACAGAGCUCAUUGAAACAGCUGGACAAUGUGGCCCAUGUCUCCUUGCCUACAGUGCCCGGUCACUACUCAGAUAUUUAUGAAAGUCACAAUUCUGGCGUUUAGCAUUUCAGUUUAUUUUUUAAUACAAUAAUAAACCUAUCAGCAUACUUGAAAUGCUAUGCCAUUAGUCUUGAUAUUGUUAGUGACUCACAUCAUUGCAACUUAUCCCUUUAUCAUAAACUAUUUUUGAAGUCCAGAAAGUGAUGAGGUGCUUAUGAAGCAACUUGGUGUUCAUUACUUCUGAUAUGUGGCCUUAUACCAAAAUAGUAAUAUGUAUUAACAUUACUUACUGACAUUUAAAAGCAUAAAGGGGAGAGGUUGGAAGGAAUUUUCUUGGCGCCCAAAGGGUUAGGAGGAAAUUAAAUAGAUUAAUAUAAGUGUCUAUUGAAGCGUAGUCAAUUAUGACAUAUGAGGAAAUUUGAUGAUCACUUGAGCAAUAAGACUAUAGAGGAAUAUGGAGAAGGUGCAAUUCAAAGGGAGAAUGGGGAAAAAAUCUAGCACAGCACAAGCAUGAUGGGCCUAAUGGCCUCCUGUGUUAAUAUUUCUAGGAUUAAAAUUUUCAACUCAAAAUUUAAUUGAUCCUAAAUGUGAUGUGUAUUUUGUUUUGUUUUCCUUGUCCCCAAAUUUUCUUUCCUGAGUUAGUGAUAUUGGCCUUCUAUAAUAAUAAUAAUAAUAAUAAUCCUUGCAUUUGAUAUAGCGC